AUGUUUACUCCAUUCUUCGGCCCUGGUUGGCAAUCAUUCAAGCCAAUAAACCCAAAUGAUAUGACCCCUGAAGAAUUUGUUUCCUUUUGCGAGAAAAACCCAAAUUAUCGACCAAUGGAACAAUGGGGCAACCUUAUCUUUGGUAAAGCAAUGACAGAAUUUUUGGACAAGAACUCUAAGAAAUCUGAUCCAAAACCAAAAGAUAAAUUCAUCCUCGUUAAAGUUGAUGAUCCAAGCUUACCUGAACACGGCUACUAUCAAUUCCCAUUCGAUGAAGUAUGUCAUUGGGAACCGUCUGCUCAAGGUAGAGGUCUCCAAAGCGCAUUGUUCGAAGCUUAUCCAGAAAUCGUGCCAACAAUGUUUUCUUCAAAAAAUGUCGAGAUCAACUUGAUCAACCAAAAAUCAAGAGUUAUGCCAUCUCAUUGGAAUCGUCUGGCUAAAGCCGACAUGAAGGUGGCAAUUCUGUUCAAACGAACCUCUUUGGAUUACCAACGCUACAUCCAAUUCUACAGAUGGUACCAGAGCUACAUCACCCAUAUUUACAAAAACCAGAAAAAAAACAUCAAAAGAAAUAUUAUGGUUUAUUCCCCAAAUACCGCCGCAUUUUUUGAGCACAAUGAUAUCUUAUGUGAUGGUAGAGCUUAUCAACUUUGGAAUAAGUUCAAUGGUACUUCCCCAGCGCUUAAUUUUGGAAUGAGUGCCAGUGGUAAUAUUGCCCCAAACCACUAUCAAGUUCCAGGUGGCAUUGGUAAAUUUGGUAAAAAGUUCCAGAAUAAUUAUGUCAACGUUGCUGAGUUCUGGGAAGAAAAAAAUAAAAUGAACAAAGCUUUUAUUGAUCCAUUCAACAAUCCACGAACUAGCUACCAUAUGAACUUCCCAGACAAUGAAGAUGCUUUAAUAGGAAUCGAUGGGAAGAAUAUAAAAAAUAAUGAAGCGUUCAUGGUGACUGAUCCAUUUGGAGAUGGUAAAAAACGGGUUAGGUUCCAUCUGGAUGCAUGA